AUGUCGACCGGCCAUUUUGGCCCCGAGCUACAACCAUUUAGGAAUCGUGAUGCAGCAGCAGUCUUUGAUGAUGAUCGUGCUGUACACCAACGAGAUCCUGCGUUUGCCAACGAAGAGCUCAUGGAAGUUGAAGUUGAAGUUGAGGAAGUUGAAGAUGCAGACACGUCCUCCAGCGAGUCAGACACUGCUGAGCCUAGAAGGCCCGCUGUUGUCUUCACGCUGGACAGAGAUCCUCUACAUUGUCGACCGCGAUGGAGCUCCUAUGAAAAGUUGCACAAGGACAUAGCGGUUUUGAUGGAACUCAGCAUCCAUGACAUCACACUCCUUCACUCAGUUCAAGCAAUACCAGUGGAUCUACACUCUGCCAGAAUCCAGCCUUUCAUUGCGCAGAAGCCAGAUGAUCUCACUGAGGGAUCCACUUUUCAGAUGGUGCUGGUUGAUGUCGAAUUUCACAAUGCGCAGCCAUCUCUUGAAGCUGAGACAGUCAGAAGGGUCAAGUUGCUGCCCAUGACUGUGUCUCGCAAGGCCAUCAUUGCAUUGUUGGGACUGGAAGCGCAUUGCCGCUAUGUGAGAAAUGCUUGCCUGGUUUGGCACAACAUGCGACAGGUGAAAACACAGACCAGGGCCCUUCUGAACUUCAACCAUGGAGAUUAUCUCAAAGUGGUUGUACCACCAGGAAGAGGCACCCUCAAAAAAUUUUACACACGAGAAGUUGCGCAAUGUUUCCGAAGAGGCUAUCGACCAUCAAAUAUUCCUGCAGUUUUAGAAGCGCAUCCAGAUGGAAUCAAUGUUGUGGACAUGCCAGUUGUGGACACUUUCAACUAUGUGCCCAGGGCCAUUGAUUUGGACUAUGACAGGGAUGCUAUGGCUCUCUUCCAGUUGCCCGGCUGGAGUGUCCCGCCAUUUGACGAAUGGCCACCCUUUCUCUCUGGGCGAUGUGAUCCUCCUGAGAUUUAUUGCAGACUUACUGAGGAGGACUGCAGAGAACCGCCCAGUCUUACAGUCUCGGAUGAGAUGCCGGCUGAAGAAGGACGGCCAGAAUUGAGAUUUGGCGAAACGACCAACUUCUUGCAGAUCCUCUUUCCUGUUUGGACACAACUUGCAGCAGUUGAACAAGCAGAAGAAGGAAGGGUUUUGUAUGUGAGGACAUGGUACACAGACCAUCACAGAUUUCCACAGUGUGAUGAGGACAGACCAGUCCGACUACGGGAGAAUCCCUGGAGUUGGCAAGACACCAUUGCAGAAGCCUGGGAUGACAGAAUUGAUCCUGAUGCGCAGGUUGACAUGUACCUUGUGAAACCUCCUCCACAUGGUACUGUUCCUCAUGUCGUCAUUGUGCAACAUGCCUUGCCGGAGCUGCGAAGCCUCUACAUCAUGGCUCUAGAUCCAGAUCAAGAACCAGGACAGAAAAGAGAGCUGGUCACGGCUGGACCUAGGAACUUGCGCAAAAGAUUCUUUCUGACACAUCUCCACAUCCUCCAGGAGCACAUGGUUGAGAGCUUGAUUGACUGCAUGGUCUGGCAUGGUGAUCAUUUAUUGGACCAUGAAGAAGUUUUUCCUGCAAGGCAUGGCGACAGCUUCCUGGUCAUCCAGAAUCAUCUUAGGGACAUCGUCAACAGAGCGGCAGCAAGCAGUUCGGCAAGCUCCAGCACAGGAGGGCUCAACCUACUCCAAACAAAGGCCAAGAGAGUUGUCAGUCUGGAAGAAGCAAUUCCAGCGCACCAGAAUGACGAAGUUCGAGUGCUACGUGUUGUUUGGGCAGCAAGCAAUAGCCCCCAUCCAUCCUUCAUCGAACUCAACCAGCCAGUGACGGAGGCUGCUACUCAUGAAGAAUUAGCGAAAUGGGGUCUUAGUUGCCACGCGGUUCUUUGUGAGGAACGAGACACAGUAGUAUGCCUACAUGCUGAUCAUGGUGAAGGGACACAACAUCACUAUGUCUUUGUCAACAUGGACAUGCAGGACUUUGACACGAUCUUCUUGCACACUGCACAAAAGAAGAUGAGCAUCAACGAGAUCCUGCGACAUCUGUAUGCACUAGGAUACUGGAGAGCUGUGGUACUAUCUGAGCACAACCUGGGGCAAGGGGUCCAUAAGAUCACCUUUCAGAAUCAGCAAGUGGUGAUGAUGAAAACGAAGUCAAUUGCGAGACCCACCCCGAACUGGCCAAGACAUCGGAAAGGGAGCCGAGGACUGGAGCCCUUCUACACCGGAGGCAACGAGGCAGCCAGUCAACAACUUAUCAGAACGGAACUGCGGGCAUCUGACAUUCAGGAGCUAUUUGCUUCCCAUGAUCAGGUCUUGAACAAGGACUUUGGCAAUCUUUCUCCUCCGGAUGUAGCGCUUCAGGCCCUUGCAGGAUGCGACCCCAGCAUUGAUAACGCUGACCUGGACCGUUUGAUCAUCUACACAGAUGGUUCGUCUCUGGGAUCCCUGCCACAUGUUCCACCACUCUUGGCAGAAGAAGAAGGCCGAGGCGAUACGUGGGCAUUCUUGGUCUUGGGCGAGCGAUAUGACCCACCUGGACUGAAGUUUCUGGGAUGGUCCGCGCAGGCAGUUCACUAUGAUGCCACCAGCAAGAUGCAUCUUGGAGCCCAUCGACUAGGUGCAGACAUGGCAGAGCGUGAAGGGCUUACCUGGGCAGCAUUGUGGCGGUUGAGUCAAAACUGGAGAAUAGAUACGUGUUUCAGGUCUGACUCUAGAACGGCACUGGGUCAGGCAGAAGGAACUAAGGGCUCCCUCUCCAUGGACGAGAGCUUUACCAUCCUGAGGGCAACGUUCCAAGCGAUUGAAGCGGCUCUUGCUCCCAAUGAGGUUCUCUAUGCACAUGUGCCAGGACAUGCGGGCGAAGCAUGGAAUGAGCUAUGCGAUUGGUUGGCCAAGCAGGAGCGCAUCAAGAGCUUUUACUGUACCAGGCCUGCACUGGAUGUACCGAAAUGGAGGAGAGAAAUUGGACAUGCUUGGAUGCUCUUCAACAAGGACCUUGAUGUCCCCAGCUUUUGUGGAGAGGGUUUCCAUGCUCCAGCUCCUUCGCUUCCAUGCCCUGCACUAUCUCGUGCAAUAGCGUCAGAACCUGUAUGCCAUGUACCUGUCCACUUCGCAUUGAGCGCAUGUACGGCCAAUGUUGGGUCUUUGAGUUCUGGCAACGAGGGAUAUGCUGGCAGAGUUCAUUAUAUUCGUCAGCAAAUGAAGGCUCUGAAGUUCAAUUUCCUUGGGCUUCAGGAAUCCAGAACCCCAGAAUUUUGCUCUUACGUGGACAAGAUCUACAGGAUGGCCUCUGGAUGCGACCAACAUCAUCAUGGAGUUGAACUCUGGAUCAAUCUGGAGCAGCCCUAUGCAUAUGUCAAAGGCCGACCUUGCUUCCUGGAAACUGGAGACAUUACGGUGGUCUACAAGGACUCUCGCAUCCUCAUGGCCCAGAUCGAAACGAGAUUCUGGAGAUGUUGGAUCAUUGUGGCCUACGCUCCUCAGAGUGGCAUCAGCUUCAAAGAAAGACAGCAAUGGUGGUCACAUUUGGAGGAAAUUGCACAUCACAGGCAACCACAUGAUGAGAUGAUUGUCCUGAUUGAUGCCAACGCCUCCCCGGGAGGAUAUGAUGGCUCAGCUGUUUUCACAUGUGAUCUGCCCACGUCAUCAGCCACGCCCCUCUUACGUGACUUUGUGCAGACGCAGAACCUUUUUCUACCCUGCACUACGGAAGUACAUGACGGAGCCAGAAACACAUGGACAGAUCCAAGCGGGCUGCACUCCUACUGCAUUGACUAUGUCCUCCUCUCUGAAGGUUUUCGAGAUGCAUGUACAUUGUCCCGGACAGUUCAGGAGUUUGACAUCAGCCCCGGAGUCUGGGACCAUGAGGCCACAGCUGUAGACCUGAGAUGGCGCAAGAACAUGCCACAACCCAGCGCAAAACAAACCCAACAGAUCAGCUUCGAUAUCUCCCAACUGAGCCCGGACAAAGUUGAACAAGCCCUCGACUUGUACCAACCGAAUAGCUGGGAAACAGACAUCGAGACACAGAUCAAUGAAUUUAACUACACCAUCUUGGAUGGCCUGCACAAGAUAUGUCCUCGACCACAACCGGCAGCCAAGAAACAAUAUGUCAAUGAUGAAGCUUGGGCGCUGCGAAAGGACAAGCUCAUGGUCAACGGCCAGUUGAAAGACUUGAAAUGCAGACGGCGUGAUGAAAGACUUGUUUCCAUUUUCCAAUUGUGGAGACGCCACAAGGCUGAGAAUUCAGAGGUGGUCGGUAGCAUCACUGAGCGCUUCCAGCCCUACAUGAUCUUUCUCGACAUCAAGAAUCUACGACUUGUUGCUCAAUAUCACGCGGACUGCAAGAGACUCCGUAAAGUCCUUCGGAGGGCGAAACAAGACCUCAUCCAACAACAGAUCGAGGUUUUACCAGAAGGGGCACCAGCCUCCAAGAUCUUGAACGUUCUCAAACCCAUCCUAGGGCCUUCCAAUCUCAAGAAGCUCAAACAGAGUACAUUGCCGCAUGUGAGAAAGGAGAAUGGCGAGAUUUGUACUCUGCCGAAUGAGAUCAUCGAGACAUGGCUAGGCUUUUUUGGCACCAUGGAGGGAGGUUGUAGAGUUGACCUAGCGCAGCAACGAGAGCUAUGGAUUCACAACCUUGAAGAGCUGAGGCAACUGGAGUUUGACAUUCAGGUCGGGGCGAGAUUGGGACUCUCUGAAGACUUGCUUGGUGAUUUGCAUCAACAUCUUGCAGAGCCACCGGCUGUUGCCCAAGCCUGCUUGCCCUUUCACAUGCAGAACACCUUGAAAGCGUUGCACGUGGACACCCACUUCCAUGUGAAGGGCCAGAUGGAUCACUGCCGCACUCGACUUGGGUCCAGGCCGGGAGAUUGUUUUGCGGACGUCAUAUUCUCUUAUUUGUGGGGGCGCCUGCUCAAACAACUACAAGUUCAGAUGCAUGAGAUGGGCUUUGAAGCAGAGAUCCCUCACCACGCAGGACCGCAAUUACCAGAGUCAGUUCCGGAAGCGAUUCCGGACCAUGAUUUGGAAUUGGCGGAGAAGAUUUACCUACGUCUUACGGAAUGCACUGCAGAUGAUCUGGUUGAGCAAGAGGUGCGCCAAGUCAUUGGGACGCAUCCUACAUCCUGGCAUUCCUGUAGGGCAACAUUGGCCUACUUGCUCGAGGAGCUCUCCGACCAGGACAUCGAGGUCUUGGACAUUGGGGACAUUGACAUCAAGCACCUCCUGAAGUACCUGACCACCACGCAGGCAUGGCCUUUCCUGGAGGAUUGUCCACAACGGGGAGGGCAGCGAGACCUCAGAGGACGUUUGGAAGCACUGGAGAAUCAAUGUCUGGAGGCAUCCAUUGCAGGAGGCAUGGAGCAUCCCGCAGAGCCGGCGGACACAGACAAGGCCCCGACUAUGCUGGUUGAGGACAUGGAUCUUUUCACUUCGAAUUGGAGCCAGGCCGCAGCUGAGUGCUACUUUGUGCGCAGCAACUUGAACUUCAUGCUGCAAGCCGUUCGUUGGACGCUUAGUGACUGCUUCGGGAUGCUCCGAGAUGAAGUGCUUCGACACUUGAAGAAGUGCUUCGACAGUGUUGAACUGUUCCGUGAUUGCCGAGGCGUCAAUAGCUUCUGCUUGUCCAUGGCCAUGGAGGACUUGUGGAUGAAUCCGACCCUUUUGGCGGCUGCAGCAGAGGCCCUCACGCUCAAUGGAGGCAGCUCCUACGAAGUCUCCAGUGACUUGGCAGAUGCAGAGCUCUGGCAAGUGCUGCAACAAGCGCGCCCAGGGUGGUCCACGCCCAAGCAGAUUGGCAGGUCCGAGUCGGACCUCCAAGCUGCCAUGUGCAGCCUCCAUGUUCUGCCGAUCGGUGCCUGGAGCGCCUGUGCCCUCUCCAGCGACUUGAACGGCCGCCUGAGGGCUGCGGGGCAGAAGAUUUUCACCGCCACCACGGUCAUGGAGUCGGAGCCCUAG